AUGGUGUAUUCGGUCCCUCUGAUCAUAUUUAUGGAUGAUGUUUCCGGGAAUGUUUCAAAACAGUGGAACAAGCACCACGCAAUCUACAUGUCGAAUGCCAACUUGCCUCGUGAGAUGCUGGAGAAGGAAUUCCACGUUCGUUUUGUAACGUCAUCUCCGCACGCUGCGCCAAUGGAAUUAAUGCAUGCUAUGAGGGAAUCUAUCGACUUAAGUAUGAGUAGCAAUGCGGCAGAGUCAGGGAUCAUUGCAUGGGACUGUAAAUUUGAUGAGGAAGUUAUGCUUAUUCCUUCUGGACUCUUCAUCGCCGGAGACAAUCCAAUGCAGGCGGAAGAAUGUAGUCACGCAGGGUUGAACUGUAAUUACUUUUGCAGGACCUGCCAUGUUGGUGGCACGAAAGAAUACAAGGAGUCGGAGGUUGGUUACAACAGUAUUUUUGUGGAAGGAAGCCUCCGAACACCCAAAGAAACAACAUCGCAAGUCUGUCAGCAAUUUGAGACGGCAUUAUGUUCGGGAGCUGCAGGGAAGAUUGCAGCUGCCACAACGUCAACUGGAAUUCGUGACUCUCUUUCGUCUUCACUCAUUAAUACACUGGUAGAAUUGGGCAAAAAACUGCGAAAACGAGACGCAGGACAGUCAGCUUUAGCAGAAUCUGAAGUUCGUGCUAAGCUGGAGAACGAGCUCGAGCAUUUGUUGCAAAGCAGGACACACCAUGAUGCGAUAAACCCUCUUCUUGGGAUGAACGGACUCAAUAUUCACCUCGACACUCCGACCGAGAUUCUUCACACUGUUUUACUUGGCGUUGUGAAGUAUUUCUGGGGCCAGACUGUCUUUCUACUCGAGAAAGCAAAACUACUCGCCGUUUUUCAGACGCGUCUCGCCUCAUUGGAAACGGAUGGCUUGAAUGCGCCAUCCUUGAAUGCUGACUACAUUUGUCACUAUAAAGGGGGCUUGAUCGGCAAGCAUUUCAAAAGUCUCGCACAGGUUAUGCCAUUCGCUGUAUAUGACCUUGUUCCGAAGAGCGUUCUCGAUGGGUGGACUGCAAUCGGAGAAUUGGUUGUCCUCAUUUGGCAUACAAAAAUCGACGACACUGAAAGCUACUUGGCAGCGCUCUCUCGAAAAAUCGGCGACUUUCUCAAUAACGCUACGAAUCCUUCAAUCAUGUCUUCCGGCUUACAUGCAUUUUCAGUAAUCGACGAGCUCCAAGUCGGGACACGUGUACUACAUUUGUUCACAAUGACACUAUCAAGCACAUCGCCACGGGUGGGUAUUGGUAUGAUGCUGAUGUAG